AUGCUGAUACAGUACCUCAUCACACUGCCAUUACUACCUCUGAUUCUGAGUCUGAAUGAAGAUCGCCUUCUAGAUUCCUUGCAUCAGAUUAAUCAAAAAUGGGAUCAAAUAUUCGAGAAGACCGCGUUUCUCGACGUUCUCCAAAAGGUAUAACGUUUUUGAAAUCACUAAUUUUAAGUAUUUUACAUCCAAAAAAUUUACAGAAUAUUGCAAAUAAUGUCAUCGUUUCUUUAUACGUUUAUCGUUUAGGGGAUUGAAAAUGAAGUAAAUGGAAAAUUGACCCGGACGAAUGUUGAUUUCGGCUCCUACACAAAACAAAUCUCAGAAAACUUGAACGAUUUCUUCGAAAAAAAGAUCAGUUCACUGAGGGUAAGUAACAAAUUCCAUGUUUUAUAGGUUUAGAAAAUUAUAAAAGUAACGGAGAAAGCAACAACAGGCGUGGACUACAACCAAAGAUGGAUCCAGGUAAACCCUUUUAAUAAUAACGGUUUCUUUUCACCUAAACGUUUGCACUUACAAAGAAUUCCAUUGACAAAUUUUAUGGCCUAAGGUUUUAUUAAUUUUAUUAAUUGAUUUUUGGCAGGAUGAAUACGAAUGUUACAAUUUUAUGAAAAGAAUAAACAAUUCGGACCUCUAUUUCAUGGAUGUUAGUUCCCAGAAAUCAGGAGUUCAUGUGAAUGUGGAAUCAUUCAAAUGUGGUAAGAGUACCGUUACUUUCAAUAACAUUAUUAUUCAUCAGAUGAGACGGUGAUUAGAGAUUUCGAAUGGACGGGGAAGGAAGAGAUUGAACGGGUUUUACAGGAGAAUUUAAAUGGAGAUCCGACCAUCCAGCGACAAUAUAUUGGGACUUAUAGCGGACUGACCCGAGUCUACCCAUCAUUUCGAUGGGAAUCCGAGCCCAGUUUGGUGACUAUAGAUCUCUUCGAUCCUAGAUUUCGUCCUUGGUUUGUUGCCGCCGAAUCAGCGCCUAAGGACAUAUUGUUCUUGCUGGAUUAGUAUGUUGUAAAUUGAUGUGAAACUUUUAAAAUAAUUUUCGAAACUAGUGGUUUUAGACUCGUUUUGCUUUUUUGUUAACAGGGGAAGUACUCCAAGUGCGACGCUCAGAUUUUCUUUAAAUUUUGCACACACGUCGGGUAUGGACAAAAUAUCAAUUCCUGAAAGUUUUAGCUCGCGCUUUGCGGGCGCCGCCGAGAUAUCGAACGAUUUUUGUCGCCGAGAGAGCACGCUAAACGCGGAGUGCGGUCAGAGAGAAAAGCGCUUUUUGGCCAUAACUUUGGCAGUUUCGUGCGGAAAAAUGCGAUUUUUUGUAGAAACAUUUUCCUUUACAGUUGAAAUAGGCAUGAAACUUUUCGUGCCGGAAUUCGGCAAAAAGUCCUAAAUUUUCGCCGACUUUCGAUCUAAAAAUCUCGGGUGUUUCUGCAAAGCGCGAGCUAGGAUUCUCGCAUAUAUCUUAGAAAAAAUUAUUCUAAAUUUGUGCCAAGUUUCAUCAAAAUCUGAGCGUCGCACUUGGAGUACUUCCCCUAAGAUUACUAUUAUAAUAGAUCGCAAUUCUAUUUGCUUUUCAGUAGCGGCUCUGUGAAAGGACAAACCCUUCAUUUGAACAAGAUGAUCAUCAUGUAUAUCCUCACAACUCUGACCCCUAAUGAUUACUUCAAUGCCGUUUGGUACAACAGUAAAAGGGAGAUGUUAUUGUCUUCUUGUUCGGGCGAUAGUUUCAUACCGGCUACAACCCGAAACAAGCGGAUCUUUCAACACAUGCUGGAUAAGAUUGAAGAGAAAGACCAAGCCACAUUGCCUCCGGCUGUUAAUAUGAGCUUAAACCAGUUUGUCUCGGUAAGUAAAAGUUUGGAGGAUUUGUGACCUACUUGUUACGCAGGCUUACAUAAUUUUGUUUAAGGAAUCCUACAGAAAAGCGUAUAAGAAAAGGCAAACAAGUGGAGGACACAAGGCGAUCAUGUUAUUCACCGAUGGGGUCGAGUUCUGGCCAAUCCAAGAGAUCAAAUCAUUUAGGAAAAAUUAUCCGAAAGAAAAGGUAAGCGAUCUAUUAAAGUAUAAUCGAAUCCGUUUCUAGGUCCGAAUUUUCGGCUAUUCCAUGGGUUACGGUACCGGGCACAUCCCUGCCCUAGAUUGGAUCUCCUGUGAAACCGAUGGGACGUAUUCCAUCGUCGAUUCCAUCUCUGAUGUUCGAAUGCAAUCCCGGGCAUACCUGACCAAAUUAGUGAAGCCUUUGGCCGAUGAAUUGGGCACCAUCAGUCCGGAAGAUCGUCCUCCAGUCUUCUCGUAUCCUUAUAUGGACACCCAAGGUGAGGGAGGAGUCAUCAGUAUAUCUUCACCUGUUCUCAACUUCAUGGAUAAUGUAACUGCGGAGACCAACAGUCUUCUGGGCGUUGCUUCCAUUGAUAUUACAUUGGAAAGUCUAAGAUUACUGGCCAAAGGGAAUGAAGGAAUGUAUGCAUUCAUAAUAGACAACAACGGAAUUGUUUUCUAUCAUCCCAAACUGAAACUACCUCCAAGGGAAGUGUAUUCAGUAAGAAGAACGGCCUGUCAUAAUGUGAAGGGGAACAUUAGACACGGAACUCGAGUCCAAUAUGGGCCGGCUGAUGAGAGAGUGAAGAAAAUCAUGGGAUUAAUUGAUUCAAUAUUCACUUUGGACGUCGUAAGUACUAACGGAUAACGUUGCAAGGUGUUGUAGUUGGAACUAGAGACAGAUCACACCGAGAGAUUCAAGAAAUUCAGAGACAAGAUGAUCAAAGGAGAUUGCAAUGAGGUCGUGGAUGACGUAAGAUUAUAUAAUUAUUAUGCAAUCACUAAUUUGCAGGGUAACAAGCAAUACAAAUGCGCCAAGAUUAAGGAUACACCGUUAACGAUUGGAUUUGUCUGGAAUAAAAAGACAAGUAUUGUUGAUUUGGAUGAAGAGAGCAAAGAAAUUUUGUUCGAAGAAAAUGAUCUGGUCGCCGAUUGGGUUAGACAACCGUAAGGGAACACUUAAGUCGUCUGAAUAUAUACCUUUAGAUCCCUAUGUUCUGAAUUCCUGAGCGUGAACCCUCUUUUUUCCCAAUACGAAAGUCUGAUGGAUUUGGCCGAGAAAGAGGCUGAAUGCAUGUCCUUAAGGGAUCGGAAACUGUUAUCCACAUUCCAUCGAGGAGUUAGCGAAUGGCGUCAACAGUGGCCAUAUCUCGAUUUGAAUCAGACUUGUGAAGUUCACACUAGUAUCACUGAUGAGGCAAGACAUCCACACUUUCACUCAGCGUUUGUGGAGACCCUACCGGGCGUGGUCACGUUCUAUCCAGCAUGGUAAGUAAAGCUUAGCAUAAUAUGUUUAUUGGACCUGGUUAUAGUCAUAACAAGAGUAUUCAACACUUUUACGAGGACCAACCCCAACUUCUAAGUCGGCCCACAGACACUACAUCAACCAAAGUACGGAUGGAUCCGUUCUCGCAGUUAGUCACCACAUAUCGUGAGAUCACCGACAAGGACACGCAGUCUGUCAUUGCUGUGAUCGGAGCACAAUGGGACAAGACAAUCUUCUCGGAACUCUUCAACGAUGCUUUAGAGAAUGAUGAUGGGCUGGCCGACUGCAGAAACAAUGGAGUCAAAUGCAUAUUAGUAACAAAUGAUCUGUUUAUAUUAGGGAGUAAACUUCCUUUGAAUAACAUACACUUGUCUACAACAGAACCAGAACUUUUACAUCAUCUAAUUGGACAGAAAGUUGUUGAGAUGUGAGUCUUAUUCCCGACGAUGACAGCCGAAUCCAAUAUUUUCAGAGGUCGACGACAAGAUUACCAAGCUGAAUGUGGGAUCAGUGACCGGAGAUACGACAAGGUCCGGGGAAAUACCAGCCUUUCAUUCCGACCUCUCACAAUUUUCAGCAAUUUAAUAAACAUACUGAUCAGUCUUAUGUAAGUAUAAAUUUGAUGUCUGAAAUUAAUCCGUAUGAUUUUAGAUACUCUUUCAUAUCAGUCGAAAGUAAGCCGUAUUAUCAGAACCAGACUUGUCAUUUCCAACGGCGAGAUUUUAUUGAACAAUGUGUUGUGGAGGAAAAUUACUUUACACUUAAGUCGAUGCAGAAGGUGACAGUCCGAUACAAAGUAAAGAAGAAUUGUUAUCACACAGGAACCAUUCUACCAAGUCCAGAUAAGAGGCUGAAUCUCAUCGUUAUCGAAGGAUUUUGUGAGUCCGAUCCAUCGCUGGCAAAGAAACUGUCUAUUCAAUACGAGUACCGGCCUUACAGAGGUAAAAAAUGAUUAGAUGUCACCCUUCCCCAUUUUCAGUAGAUGAUUGUACCCUUUCUAAUCUUACUUACCGAGCCCGGCCAACAAUUAUCUUCAAUGAAAAGAACGAAGUAAGUCUCCGAAACGAGUACAGGGUGUGGCAAUUUUGUAGCCCAAUUUUUUCUAAGUAAUCAGUCUGCAUUUUUGUUUGGUACCGUUGUAAAAAUCCGGAGAUUUCGUCACUUUCAUGGUGAAUAUAAAAAAUCGCGAAAUCCUACCUCAUUUUGUCUAUAACUCUUGACACCUUUCUUUGGAGACAGGGCUACAAAAUUGCCGCACCCUCUCUAUCUUACUGUAGGUGCCACAUCCCGACAAAUGCUCAGACACGGCUGGAUUGAAGAUCUCAAUACUUCUUAUGAUAGCUGCGGUGCUAAUCGUACACUAG